AUGUUGACCAAGAACUUCGCCCUUGCGCUACUCCUCUCGUCGAGCCUUCUCGGCGGUGUAAUGGGCCAGACCCGAGGUGGUGGUGGGAGGAACGGUGGUCAAAACGGUGGCAAUCAGAGGGGCAAUGGAGGCAAUAACGGCGGGAACAACGGCGGGAACAAUGGCGGAAACAAUGGCGGAAACAAUGGUGGGAACAACGGCGGCAAUAAUGGCAACCAGAAUGAGCUCUUGCUUAACCCAGAAAACAUCCAGAAGGGCAGCCAGAAUGAUGGAAAUGCAAAUGCAGAAGAGGGCCAGGCCGCUUCCAACACGUAUGCUGACAACGCAAACUUCAUCAAUUUCUGCACAGGAAAGACAUUAACCAACGGUCUUCAAAUCCGGGGCGGAUCUUGUAACGGAGUCGUGAUGGGAGAUAUUCCCAGUAAGAAUAACAUGGUUUCGACCAUUAUAAUGAACCCGGGACCCGGAGAAGAUCUGCCUGCAAAUCAGGACUUUGAUGUCGAACUCCAAGUUUCAAACUUGGUUGCUGGCUCCUUUACCAACCCCGAUAACACCUACUACUCGGCACCGCAGGAGCUUGAAGGCGGAAACAUUGUCGGCCACAGUCACGUCACUAUUCAGUCCCUUGGCAACAAUCUGGCUACGCAAACCCCUCCUGAUCCCGAGCAGUUUGUGUUCUUUAAGGGUAUCAACGACGCUGGCAAUGGUCGAGGUGGUCUCAAGGCUACUGUGGAGGGUGGGCUGCCUGCUGGUGCAUAUCGCGUGUGCACCAUGAAUUCAGCUUCUAAUCAUCAACCUGUCAUCAUGCCUGUUGCACAACGCGGUGCCCAGGAUGAUUGUCAGAAGUUUACGGUCGGCCGAGGAAACAACAACAACAACAACAACAACAACAACAAUGGUGGAAACAAUGGCGGCAACAACGGCGGCAACAACGGUGGAAAUAACCGCGGAAACAAUGGCGGAAACAACGGUGGAAAUAAUGGAGGCAACAAUGGCGGAUCAAAUGGUGGAGCCAAUGCAGGCGGUCGAGGAGGUGACAAUAGACGUCUCCGUCAGCGCCCAACGAUGAUGCGUGGAGGACGAACCCGCCUUUCCUUCGGCAAGAGGGAGUUCAUUGCUUAAGUGAGUCGAUCAUGGAGCGGCUCCCCUUUUUGAAAUGUAACUACAAAUAUGACGUUUGCGCGUGAUCUUACUCUGCCGUGCUUCGGGGCUUGCUCUCCACAUGAUGCAGGUGACGGACUUUUAUGUAUUCAUGCCUAUUUCUUUGCUACAUCUUGCAGUUGUUGUGUACGAUUUUGAGUGCUGGCAUUUCACACCCUUUGCUUCUUCU